AUGCAAUUGUUUAAGGAAAGUAUAAGAGCGGCCAGCGUGGACAGCGCUGCGAGUGAUGCCACUCACAUCCGAUCCCUAGAGAACAAGCUCCACGCUACUAUGCAGAUUUUACAAAAUAAGGAAGAGACUAUACGAGUUCAGGCUGAAAGCUUAGCACUCGCUGAGGCACGGAUCGCGGCAUUAAUCUCAAAAGCUCAAUCUCUACCGAAAAUACACCAAACUCAGCAAACGAGUCUUUUCAAAACGCGUAAUUCAGCAGACGGAAAUCACGUAGAGAUGGCUGACGUAUCGUGUACGGCACAAAUAAAGGAGGUGGACCACACAAUCGUUAAGACGCUACGUGACAAUUUGUCCAUGAUCGAAGAGUUGUAUAGAGAAUGCUUUUAUGAGACGGCCAAGCAAGAAGAACUGAUAACCGUCCUGCGACGCUCGUACCUCGAUAUGCGGCUUGAGAAGAAGCAAUGCGAUCAGACCUCUCUCGUGUGGCAAAGGAAUUCUAUGGAGAAAUAUCAGGAUAUAGCUUUAGAGGUGGAACGUUUGAAAUCGGAGAUCACAAGCUUUUUGAACAAUUCAACAAACAAUGAUUCGACGGAAUGUACGUGCGGACUGGAGGAGGAGAAUACGAGACUGAAAAAAUUGAAUGAGACUAUGGAGAUACAAGUAGGCGAACUACGGCAGAGAGUGACUGAGCUGGAGGAAGCUCUGGAGGGCAAGGAGGACCAAGACCAGCAAUUGCAGCUGCAAAUCACAGAAAAAGAACAAGAGUUGCAGCACAUUCGACAGCAACUGUUUGAUAUAGAGCAAAGUUCUCGGGAGCGGGUCGACUCCUGCGACUCUCUCACACUGCAAGUGAAGGAUCUAGAAGAGCUCCUAAACGAUAAGGCAGUGGAACUUUUCAAUGUGCAGCAUCAGUGCGAGUCCCAGGAGGUCGUCAUCAAGCAACUACGGGAAGAAUUACAGACAGCCGAAGCAAUGGCUAAAGAUAAUGUAGCAACGCGCGCGGAGGUGGGCGAGCUGUCGGAGCAGGUGCGCAGCUGGCGCGCGCAGCUGCGGGAGGGGCGCGGCCGCCUGCGCGCGCUGGACGCGCAGCUGCGGCGCGCGCGCGCGCACUGCCGCCGCCUCGCAGACCUGUACCAGUACGGCAUCCUGCUGCUUAAUAAUGAGUCCGCCGAGUGGGAAAAGGCCGAAUUGGCGUCGGAGUUGCAAUCUCAGUUGCACGAGGCGCAGCGGCGGGGCGCGGCGCUGUGUGCGCAGGCGCAGCGCGCCGUGUGCGGCGUACGGCGCUGGCUGCGCGUGCAGCGCGACCGACACUCGCAACAAGAAGAGAAAAUCAAACAGCAAGAACUGCUAAUACGCUCUUUCCAGUCGCACAACUCCAACACAGAGUCAGCCAGCGAGAACGACCCGUGCUGCUCCAGGUAUCUGCACGAGCCGAGGCCCUCCGAUGUUAGCCGAGUGCGUGCGAGCGAGACGGCAAGCUCGUCAUACUUGAAUGAAACGAGACGACAUGAUGCGAGCUCUUUCCGUACGAGCGAGACAUGUCCACAGUUUUUAGAAGAUACGAGUCGCGUACGCAUGAGCGAGACGACAUGCUCUAAAUGUGCAAGAGUGAGCGAGACAGAUAGCCCCUCGCCUCCCACUCCGCCUGUACGUUUGUUAAGAAAGAAGAGUGCGAAUGGAGAUAAAGCUCAGUGUAUGGAAGGCGCGCGCACGCGCGAGGCGGGCGUGCAGCGGCCGCAGCGCCGCGACGCCGCGACGGCGCGCGCGCUCUCGCGGGAACAUAUAUACUUCUAUCCACACUCCUCUUCUAACGAGGUGUCUCCGCCCGAGGAGCUGCUGCAGCGCGUGGAGCGCGCGCACGCGGCGCUGGCGGACGCGCGGCGGCGCUGGCGCAGCCCCCUA